CUCCACUCAUGUUGUUAGUUGGUCUUAGUCGGGACUGGUGAGAAGGAGGAAUAGAGCCACGCGAGCAAGAAGGACUUGUGUUUGUUAUUGUUUGGCUUGGCCCCCGUGAGAUUCUUUACUUCUCGCGGUCUUCGAUCGAGUGUAAAUACUCUUAAGUGACCAGGUCGUCGGCCAUGAUGGAGUGCGCUAGCGGGUUGUCACUCGCUCUCUGAGACGAUAUUAAUCCUUCCAAUUGAUGCGGGAUCCUUCCAUAUUAUAUCCAACCCGCAAUGGCCCUUUUCACGUGUUGUCAACCUAAUUAGCACAAUUUGCUGACGAAUCGCCUUUAGCUGCUUUAAACCCAGGAGUUCUCGAACCCAAACACGCCACGAUGAAUCUCCAGCAACCGUUUCUCAUGCCUUGGAUGAAUUUUGCCGCGGCCGUUACCCAAAGCCAGGCUCAAAUGUCACCGGUCGGCACACUGACCACUGUCCCUGGUCAGACUCACCUCCAUCCUCAACAUCAACACCACCCGCACCAUCAACAGCAGGUUCAAAAGCUAGUCACCCUGUCACACCACAUGAAUCCGACUCAAGCACAGUCCACAUUGUUGUCAGCUGCACAAUUUGCUCAACUUAGCGCGGCCUCUCAAUACGGCCAGACCGUCCCGCAAACCUUCGUGUACCCAAACCCGGGCAGUCAUCAUGCAGGAUCUGGGAUCUUGUCUCCGGGUACCCUGAUCAAUCCCUACUUAAGUGCCGCUAAUGGCGGGGUUAACAAUCCUCUCGGGGCUUGUAAUGGGGCAGGCAUCCCCAAGAUGAUGGUUCAAGGCAGUACCAAGGACGGAUCGAUCUUGGCUGCCUGUGUAGCAGCAGCAGCCGCAGCACAACAAGCUGCUCAAGCUGCUGCUCACCACCACAACCAACAUCACCACCAACAUCACCCGCACCAAAAUCCUCAUGCGGCCGCCGCAGCAGCGGCAGGCUUAAAUGGCUUUCCUUCACCUUCCUCUCCCUCACCCGCAGUGGUAGCAGCCGCAAAUUCUUUGACAACUGCGGCUGCUGCCGCUAAAUUCUCCGAGAAGAGAAAAUUCAUUGAGGAAAUUGCCUUAGCCGAUGUCAAAAAGGCAAAGCUUGAGACAAAGGCCCUCAAAGCCAAACGGCCAGGCUUCACCGACGACAGAUACAAUGAGACUGCUUACUUCGUGGAGAAUGGGCUACGAAAGGUUUAUCCAUACUACUUCACCUUCACCACCUUCACCAAAGGCCGAUGGGUGGGCGAGAAGAUACUCGAAGUCUUUGGUCGAGAGUUUAGAGCCCAUCCAGUCGAAGAAUACGAGCGAUGCAUUCUGGAUGGUACCCUUACCGUCAAUUACGACCAAGUGGAUGUCGAGUAUCGAUUACGCCACAAUGAUCUCCUCGCCAACAUUGUCCAUCGACACGAGACACCAGUGCUCUCCAAACCCAUUGAAGUUAUACAUCUGUCUGAAGAUCUCGUGGUCUUGGAUAAGCCAUGCUCUCUUCCCGUCCAUCCUUGUGGCCGCUAUCGGCACAACACGGUGGUGUUCAUCUUGGCCAAAGAGUACAACUUGAAGAACCUAAGGACCAUUCAUAGGCUAGACCGUCUCACAUCCGGACUCCUCAUGUUCGGACGAAACCCAAAGAAAGCCAGGGAUAUGGAACAACAGAUCCGAAAUCGACAGGUGCUAAAGGAAUAUGUGUGUCGGGUGGAGGGAGAAUUUCCAGAGGGCUGCACGGAAUGCAAUCAACCCGUCGAAGUGGUUAGCUACAAGAUUGGAGUAUGCAAAGUUUCCCCUCAGGGCAAAGAGUGUCGUACGGAAUUUGAAAGAUUGAGUUUCAAUGGAUCCACGAGCGUGGUUCUGUGCCGACCUUUCACUGGACGUAUGCAUCAGAUUCGCGUUCAUCUCCAAUACUUAGGUUUUCCUGUCAUCAACGACCCCUUGUACAACCACGUGGUCUUCGGCCCAACCAAGGGAAAAGGUGGCAUCAUUGGCAAAUCCGAUGACCAGCUCAUACAGGACCUCAUUGCCAUUCAUAACGCCGAGAAUUGGCUUGGUAUGGAUGGUGAUUCCGAGUUGUCCAUGUUCAACAAGGACGGCAAGAAGGAUGAGACCCCGGGCAAUGGCGUGGCCACUCCUUGUGAUGAGAUCCUAGAAGUGCCUGCCACGAACGGUAUACUUGACAAAGAUGGGGCUGGGAGUGACGAUGAGAACGGUCAUUGGGCUUUUGAUCCUUCCAAUGCCAUUGAAUCCUUGGAGAGAAACCCUCAGGUGCCUAAGAAUUGUACCAUUACCAGGCCACCCCCCAUUACCCGACCAGGACGGGAACCUGUGGUCAUUCGCCAACCUUUGGAGCGGGAGUCCACGGAGACGAUUACUGAGCAAGACAACGAGCUUUUAGCCAAGCAUCAAGAGUAUCGCUACCAUCCAGAAAAAAUGACUUGGGACCCCAAUUGCUAUGAAUGUAAAGUCAAAUAUCGAGAUCCGAAGCCGAAAGAUCUCGUGAUGUAUCUUCACGCAUGGAGAUACAAGGGUCCGAAUUGGCAGUUCCAAACGCGUCUCCCGGAUUGGGCGGAGGAAAACUGGUCUGGUCCGGUACUUUGAAAAUUGAACAUUGUGAUCGUAACGAGAAACGCAAAGUCUUGGAUUAUCUUUGUUAUUAUUAAUUGACAUUAGUAUCAUGUUUCGUCUCGUUUUGCUACCAUUGCACUAACUAGUCUCAAAUGAGUUUGAAUUUAAAUUUUUGGAUCACCCCUCAGAUAUGUGGGAAGCAUCCGCCAAGACACCCUCCUGACCCAAUCCCCAUCCCUCUCGAUUUAGCUUGAACUGAAGCCACCAGAAAGAAAUGCUCAACGUAAAUUCAAUCUCACAACGUUCCAACUCGGCCCCUAACCAAGCCAUCUCUAGACCCGAUUUUCUCACUCUUUCCAAUACCCAAUAAGUCCCCUUCGAACUCUGCCGCCCUCCUGUCUCAGUCAAUCUCUUCAUUCUUGAAACAGUCCUCAAUAAUUUCUUGAGAAUCUCAACCUUUCUCAACUUCCUUAGAUAUCGAAUCAUCAUCCCUCACCCAAGCAUGGUAAAGCCAAUUGGUAGUCCUCUUAUGAAUUCGCUCUUCUCACCCACCCACUUCUCACUGAUUUUGUACAUACUCCUGUUUCCUAUUUGGAACAAGAACCAGUCCCCCAUUCCAAGUUCUUCAUCUUGAAAAAAUGCUCAAUUUAGUUUUUCACUACCCCCUUAAAAUUCCUUGAAAUUACCAUGCACCUGAUAUUGCUCAUUGUAUUUUAUGCAUUCUCGUUUUCAGGGUUCCUUGUUUUCUUACCUUGCCAAUUGUUAGCCAUGAGAACGAAAACGCCUCGAGAUUGGUUAUUUUCGGUAGUUCCAAAUUCCACAAGUCAUUACUCGUAGAUGAUGAAUUGAUGUAGAGCUAGACAGACAGACAGACACCCACUCAUUCUUCAGGCAGCCCAUCGCAGCCAUGCCUGACGGCUACAUAAACUCAUCUUUCAAUCUUCAAAACUAUUUCCUUCCCAAAGAGAUAUGAAAGUUUCCCCAACUUUAUUGAGAGCGCCCGAUUGUUUUCCCACUAAAAUUUGAACCGCUUACACCCGCGUCUCUGUUUUGGCGCCAUGUUUACGAGUAAACAACGCAAAAUGAUGAAGGCGAGCGUGACAACUCGAAUUCUCGUAUUUCUCCAAUUCUAACGUGCCUUAUUUGAUUCUUGAGUGUUCUUAUCAAUUCCGUUUCUGAAGUGGGAAAGGAAGAAUUUCCAAGCGGUCCAGGACUAUCCUCCUCGGCCCUCGUCAAUUUUGGAGGUAUCUAACAUGUAGCUGUCUUGUUUCGACUCCUCUUCUUCUUCCAGAUUUCAGCUCUCUUUCUCAAAGAAACUCUCAUUCUUCAAUAUUCAACAGGUUGUUACUACAUACAUCUCUAUACUACGAUUACUCCUACUACUACUACUACUAAAAUAUUAAACAUGUUAAGACAGUGAUAUGGCAUGAAAGAAGAUGCUCAUCUUGUUCUUGGAGUUGUUAGCCAAAGGUUGUGACAUUAUCUCACCCCACCAAGGAGUCAGAAUGAUGGACUUGAGACCUAUUUUUGAGCCGUAGUGUGAGGUUGUAAGGGUUGUGUACGGAUGUUUUAGACAGGGAAGGGACAAAUUGCUCUCCAAGGGACGAUCCAGAGUUCGUCCAGUGUUUUGAACCCCCCUUAAAUCUCGUUGUUGGCUCUUUUACUCCGGUGAAGUGCAUCGUUGAGAGAAAACCAAAACAGUUGAUGAUGCCAAUUCAAUCACCACCGAGAAACAAUCUUCCUCGCAUUUCUUCCCUUUCCUUUCUUAAAACCCGUCACAUUAUGUUGGUUGUAGGAUUUAAACAGUGGACAAUUGGUUGAGGAUCUUUCUUGAGAGCCUCUCUCAGAUGAGAUAACAUCAAGGAUGUUUUUCAAACAAGACAAAUGUCCCCCCCCCAACGAAAGAAAUGAUUAUAUGCACUCAGUAAGAUAUAUUAUAACUCUGGUUACAUUAGAACAAUUGUUACCAUUACAACUAUUAUUCGAUAUAAAAAUACCAUCGUCAAGCCCAAGGAUAUGCUAAUAAAUUCAUUCUUGCUCUUCAA